GUAAUAAAUUGCGCAUACGCCGUGUGUGUUCGGAGCCGCUUUGAUAAAUCUUCAUUGCCUCGGCCGAAGUCUAAUGGGCUUCUGAUGGCAUUUGCCCCGCGGAUGACUCAGGGCGUCAGUUUCCAUAGUCAAUAACUCAGCACAGGACCAUCCUACCUGACCAUGGACAAUCCCCAAAUAAUCAGAAUUAAACCGAUUCAGAUAAUAAUAAACGAGUCCAAGCCGAGUAACAGCAGCAACCUGAGGAGUCGCAUUGUAGAGCAUCUAACCUUUAUAAUGCCAAAGAAAAUCCAAAAUCAUGGAGGAUCCCUCUACUGUGGCGUAACCCUGCUGGGAAUCCUCUGCCUAAUAGUAUUCCGCCUGAUCCCUGGCCUCUCCUUCGGUGUGUUCGCCAUGGCCGAGCAGGAUCACUACCACACCAUAGAUGACCCAAAUGUGCCGUGUAAUUUCUACGACACCGUCAAUCUUACGGGUCACACGGUCUACCAGAAUGGGAGCUACGACUACUACGGCACGCUGAUACCCAAGCACUUGGUGGGCACGUAUGACUACAUCCAUCGAUCCCUCACGGAGCGGGUGGAGGUUCCGCUGCAUGUUCGUGGCUGUGCUUGCAAGCUCAAGCCCUGCCUCAACAUCUGCUGUCCAUGGCGCCAGGUUUUCAACAACCAGAGGGGUGAGUGCAUGGUCGAUCCACUGGAUCAGCGGAUCUGGCCAGAUCCCGCCAUGCUGAACGUGACAUUUGCCAACGGCACCAUGGAAUCGGUGGACAUCUUUAAGCAGUUCGCCAUCCAGAGCUUCCGGCCCUGCGCCAGGAUGUUCUCCCUGCAACCGGAGAUUAACUAUUUCGAUGGUUACCUCAUCUUUGAGAACGGGUCCAUGUUGCGGAUGGACGAUUACAGGUAUAUCAAGAAGAACGAGUACUGCCUGGUGCCGACCUACGUGAAUGAUACGGACCUUUACUACACCGUGAACCCAGCCAACUGUGACAUGCAAGACGAGCAUAGUACAGUGAAGAUAAUCAAUGCCUACGCAAUGCUCUUCUCCAUUCCCUUCAUGAUGCUGACCAUCGCCGUGUACCUCCUGAUCCCCGAGCUGAGGAACCAGCAUGGCAAGAGCCUGGUUUGCUACCUGGUGGGUCUCUCCGUCGGCUACUCCUCGCUGACCUUUGUGCAACUACAGAAGAACUUCGAUCCGAGCAGCAAUUCAUGCAAGGCUUUUGGCUAUACAUCGUACUUCUCCUUCAUGGCGGCCUACUUAUGGCUGAACAUCAUCAGCUUCGAUCUGUGGCACAACUUCCGGGGCACGAGGGGUAUCAACCGGUUCCAGGAGAAGAAGCGCUUUCUAAUCUACUCCCUGUACUCGUGGGGUCUGGCCCUGGUCUUUCUAGCCUUCACUUUCAGUGCCCAGGAAUUUACUUCCUGGCCGAGUUACCUCAAGCCAGGCAUCGGAGACGGCACAUUCUGUUGGCUGGACAUGACCAACUGGUCGGCCAUGAUUUACUUCUACGGACCCAUACUGGUCAUCGUCGUGGCCAAUACAAUCAUGUUCGUGAUGACAGCCAUCAAGAUCCACAGCGUGCAGCGGGAAAUGGCCAGGAUAAUAGCUGGCGAAAACAGCACAAAGAACUUGCGGACCGAAAAGGACAAGUUCGGCCUUUUCCUGCGGCUUUUCCUCAUCAUGGGCGUCACCUGGCUCUCGGAGCUGAUCUCGUUCUUUGUGGGAGCCGAUAAAAACUGGUCGAAGAUCUUCUACAUCUCUGAUCUGGCCAACGCCAUGCAGGGCUUCCUUAUCUUUAUGCUGUUCGUGAUGAAGAAGAAGGUCAAGCACUUAAUAACCAACAGGUGCUCUAGUGCUCGUGAUGGCAGCAACCAGCGACAGAGCCAGUACUCCACCAAGACCACGUCAAGCAGCGUGGCCAACUUGUCGCUGCACGAGAAGCCUUCGUCGGCGGCGGAGAAGCCGCUGAUGGUCACUGAUCCUCAGAGAAGCACCACCAUCUUUCGCUGAGCAUAACGGAGUCAGUAGCAGCCUUCGGCCGAAGAGCAUCGAAUAAACCACACUGGGAAUAUGUGUCCAGUCCAGUUAAGGAAGGGAGAUCGAAUUAGAGAUCCUAACCCAUUCCGAGGACCAGCUCCCACUGUGUCAGCAUCAGCCAUAUUUCGGAUAGAACUUUACGAAAAGACACUACUAUAAGAGAAAGUCCCUAUCCAUACAUCCAACUACCCCAAAACCAUCCUCAAAGCCCCUUUCUCUCACUCUCUCUCUCUCUUUGUCAAUGUCAUGUGACCACCACGAACAACCUGAUUAGUUCUAUAAGCACCUUACCCUACGCAGCAGCGCCAUAUCUAGUAUAUUUAUGCCUAUGAAAUUAUAACCAGCUAAGAGGGAUCAAAUCAAGUCCAGGUCUUAAAGAUAAACCACCUGCAUGUACGUACAUAUGUAACACAGAUAUGCCUUGAAAACAUUCAGAUUUAUACAUCUUUUAUAUCGUUCUCUCUAUCUGCAUAUGCGUACCCAUUAUCUAUGUCUACAUAUAUAUAAAUAUGCUAUCUAUAUUGGUAAAAUAAAAAUUACGAGAAAUUAUUAUUGUAUGUCAAGCUUAAUAAAGCCAAAGAUAAAAACAAA